AUGCGGCACAACUCGUUCCUGGCUGCGGCCAGUCUUCUUGUCCCUGCUCUUGGCAAAUCCGUCUUUUGGUCGCCAGUCUACAACAAUGUCACCUCGGACGUCGAGCUGCUUUCGGAUCCAACCAACCUCGACGGCUUCAAGAUGAACGCCUCGGCCAUGGUCGGCGGAGCUUUCGACUUUUGGUACUUUGAUGUUGCCUCGGAAAGUACCAAUGCUGGCGUCAACAUUGUCUUUUUCAACACUGGUGACUUCAAGUAUCAACUCGGCAAUGAGCAGCCUCUUGCUGUGCAGCUGAGUGGAAAGUUUGCCAAUGGCACCGAGUUCUUUGUGCAGACAUUUGCUACAGAGGGCGCCUUUAUCAAGAAUGAUGAAUGUGGUGUGUUUGCCGACUUUAAAGGGGCCGGUGCCAGUUUUGUUGGCACUAAUCUGCUCAAGGAUAACGUGUCCUACACCAUUACUUUUGAUGGCUCUGCCGGUGGACUCAAAGGCACGAUUACGUUCAAAGCACGCGCUCCCGCUCACUUCCCCUGUGACACGAAAGAUGUCGCCGGCGCGACCCAAAACCUGUUGCCCUACCUUUUCUGGGCCAAUGCAGUGCCCGAUGCCGAGUCCGUUGUCAAUCUUACUAUCGACGGAGAACCUUUCCAGAUCGCCGACGGCAUUGGAUACCAUGACAAGAACUGGGGCCAAAAGUCUGUUAUAACCAGUCCCAAGUACUGGGACUGGGGUCACGCUCGCGUCGGCCCGUACGCCAUUGUCUGGUAUGAUCUUCUCGACUAUAACGACACCGAGCACAACUACGCCUACGUCUCCAAGGACGGCGAGGAACCAUUUGUCGGCUGCGGUGGCGACACUGUCCACGCCCGUCAGUGGGGUCCAGCCAACACAACCUACACCUAUCCCCCGACCAACAAACUUGGACUGCUCGCCAACAACGGACUCCUCAUCGACUAUGAGCUUCCUUCUGGAGAUAAAUUGCACUUUAAUAUCACCACCACUGCCAUCAUCAAGACCGAGACUGGUAAUGUCUACUCUCGAGGAGUCGGUGAUGUCGAGGGUGGUGUUGUUGGUGGUAUUAAUUAUUCUGGACGCGCAUUCUACGAAGAGUUCAUCUAUGGUCUCUUGGUCUAA